AUGAGAAGAUCAUCAACAGGCCUCAUCUCACCAUCUCGUGCGAUUGUGACAACUGCCGCGAGACCAGAAUCCAAUCAUACCUCGCUCAUUCAGAGCCCAUUAGCUUCUAAUCGCACACACUUCCUCCAAUUCAAACCCCCAUUCAAGAUGGACGCAAUGGCCACUACUCCGCUCGCACCUCGGUUUGAUCUCAGGAAAUUCAACGGCGCACGAACCAACACAAACAAUAGCUUUUCAAGGUCCAACAGCGAUGCCUCUAUGGUCUCCGAUCAAUCAUUUCAAUCAUUUCUUAACUGUCACAUGCGUCAUCCUUGGGGUGUGGUCGACUACUACAUUUACCUUGGGUACGCGGAAGGCAAGACCAGUAUCCAAAAACGUUUAGGCGAAUGCUAUCUUCUGGAGAAGAAUGGAUUCAGAAAUGUCGUGAUGGAGGACGACAUGGAUCUCAGCAACAUCCCUGAUCAAAAGCACCCCACUGUUGUCUUCCUCAGUCUCCCGGUCCCAAAUAUUCGUGACGACUGCUUUACUAUGCUGGUUCUGGCUUUUGACUUUGGAGAACACAAGCUGCAGGGACUUAUCUUUGAUACCGACGAUGCACUGGAAAGCUACGAGGACUUGUGGCUUGUGUGGAGCCGUAAAGCUGGAAAACUUGUCAUCGAUGUCUCUGUUUACUCAUUCCUUGAAUACGUUGACGAUGCUAUGAGGCAUCAAGCGGAAGCCCUGAGCAUCGGGAUCUUGAACAACUUCGGCAUGACGACCCAAAAACUCCCCUGUGGGUUUGACACAGUGGUUGUCAUCCAAUAUUUGCAAUUCAUUAGUGACACUCGGGACAUGCUGUGGGAGAAUACUGACAAUUUUGAGUCGGAGUUCGGAUACCUUGAGUCCGAGCUACGAGACAUCCUUAUGGAAGGGUCACGGGACGCUUGGCUUGCCGCUGGCAGAGGACUCAGUGUUGUUGAAUUUCGGCAACAAUCCAUGCGCCAACUUGCUGGGAUGAACUUCAUGUGGAUGCAAACUGUUCCGGAUCUGAGAGAUGAAAUGAAAAUCAAUGCGACUGCCCCGCCUACUCCCACCCGCAUCCAAGUCGUCGAAGCUCCUCUUCCUCGCAAUCCGAAGUGGCAGAAGCUCAUCUCGUCUACAACCUUUCUUCAAUUAUUGAUCAUCUUCUGCCUCAGUGUUUUUGCCCUUGCUGCUCUUUGGCAGUUCAUGGGCAGCCAUGAGGCGCCUGUCAACCCUACAUCACACGUGAGCCUGUUUGGAUGGUGGAAUUCUGAGCCAGAAGCCAAACCGACGGGAAUCGUCGGCAUGUGGCCUGUUUAUCAAAUCAUUCAACGCAUGGGAAUGCAUAAUUUCCUCCCUAUCGCACCGGAGCCACGAGGCGUGCGUCUGUUCAAUUGGUGGCCCUUCAGACUGGAGGCCGUGCAAGUGAAAGCUUCGGGAUGGCUAUUGUUGAACAAAAUAAUCCGGGACUUCCGGAUCCCGCAAUGGCAACCUUUUAAACUGAGAGCGUGGGGGAUUUCCACGGAACUGCUCACCAGGCUGUCUCCAAAUCCACAUUUGCAGAACAUCAAACUGCUGUGGAAGAACCUGCGUGUGCAGGACAUCAGGUUACCUGGUGAAGUGAGAAAUCACAUGCUCAUGCGCUGGGUACGCUCAGUCAAGCAGGCACUGUUCAAAUAA